AUGGAGAAGCCCGGGGCGGAAUGGCGUAUAUUCCAUGCCUUAAAAUGGAACACGGCCACGAUUCCGGCUCAGAUGCCGAUUUCUCGCAACGACAUUAUCAUCGAUGGCAUGGGUCGAUCUACCAUUUUCAUCACCAUCGAUCUUUGUGAUGGUUUCUACCAAUUGCUGAUGCGUCUGUGCGACGUCCCUAAAACGGCGGUUUCCACGCCGAGUGGCAUAUUAUGGGCGUGGCUGGUCAUACCACGAGGUCGAGAGGACAUCUUGUGGAGAUUCCAAGAAAUGAUGGAUGACGAACUUGCCGUGAUGAUGCAGGCCAUGUCUGUUGGUAUCGCAUCAUGCAUCAUGGAGCUAGACGACGAACGAUCAACACCAUCCCCGCAGCAUAAGUAUGUUAGACCUAUGCAUGGAUACAUGGGCUUCCUUGACCUGCAGAAUGACCUGCCGCAUGGAGGUGACAUGUUUUACCUGGAGCAAGUCCGUUUGACGAAGCAGGCACUUGAGCUUCUGGUGACCCUGUCGAUACCGCACGUUCCCAACGCAUUGGACCCGCCAGUUUUAAUAAUGGUCACCCUACAGUGGCUGGCAAGUGGUGCGUCAUCGCGCAGUCAAGAACAGCUCUUUCAAGACAACAACCACGUCACGUUGGUGUACUACCGACAGGUUGGCGUCCAUGCAAUCACCCGCGGCCUCUGGAUGGCGGCUUUUAUGGAGUAG